CGCUUCUCUGCUCUUCUCAUCUAUUGCUGCAGAACUUUAUGACGCUGUAUUUCACUGAAAUGAGCUUGGAAUAGAAAAUGCAUAACAAGUACGAGAUAUGGACUAUCAAGCCAGCUCCCCCAGAUAGUAAGUCCAUAGCUGAUUCUCUCCAAGUCAAGCACACUAUCCCAGUUAGUUUCUAAUUCCAAUUAAUCAAGUACACACACACCUUUCACUUUCACUCCUGAGUCUACUAAUCACCUGUUAAUCAAUAGGAGUGAAUUAUUAUAACAUCAGCCGAGUUAACAUGUUUAUCUACAUAGUAUAAGAUGUCAUUCCUUAAGAGCAAGCUAUGGUAACAUUUAAAUUAGGGUAAGAUUUACUGCAGAUUAAUCUAGGAUAUACUUCAUUCUAAGCUCAAUGGAUAUAGUGGUGUGGAAUUGCACAACACAGAAACAGUCGCUUUUGCUCCUCGCAUCUCUGCGAACCUUUUUGCCCAUUCACACUAAUCCCAUUUGCCUACUUAACUUUAGACCAAUAUCAUUCUAAGUCUUGUUUAUUUGAGUGCCUCUCUAAAUGUCUGAUUCCACCACCACCUCUGCCAACGAAUUGCAAAUAUCAUCCACUUUUGCUUUAAAUUAUUUUUUAAAUUCUUCUGCUUAUCUUAAAACUAUGCCCUCUAUGUGCCCAAUUUAAUUGUAUACUGUUUUAUCUUGGCACGAGUCAAACUCCUCCAUUCAGGGAAAUCAAGCCCAGCCUGUCCAUUCUUUCUCCAUAACUAAUGUUUCCCGAUCUAAGCAAUCAAGGCUGUGCUGUAUUUCUAAACGACACUAAACUAAACAUCCCGAUGAAGCUUCCCUGCAUACUCCCCAGCCCCAGUGGAACUUCACUCAUGUGAAAAGACAAAACUUAAUGACGUAAUUGGCCCCGUCGGUGAAUGGCGUCAGUAGAAUCGCUUGUGAAUUACGUCACCCGACGCCGGGUCGCGUGACGUCACGGGCCAAGGCUCCGCCCAUCGCUUGCGCCGCAAUCCUGAAUACGCAUGCGCAUCCGGCAAACUCCAGCUGCCAAAUGUGCCUUUUUUUAAAUAAGCAAUUGUUUUAAAACAUCUAACACCAGCACUGGGGGUUUGUAGACGAUACACGUGUGAGUGUUGCAGUUGGCUUCAAGUAGUGGCUCCGGUUGACCUUCAGUCUGGUUGACCCCCGCGACCCGGCCCGUGUCCCGCCACAUGGAUCCAGGGCAGGAGGGGGAGGGGGAGGGGGACCGUGGCUACGGGCUGUUCCCCCAGCACAAGGGGAGCAAAGAUAAGAAGGGCCUGCUCGCCGAAAGUCUCUUCACCUUCAACCACAAGUGCCAGCUGAUGCUGAAAGUCGCCCUGGACACGAGUCCUUUUGCAAAACUACUUAUGGAUGCCAUGAAAAGUUCAGGGUGCACCGUAUAUAAGGAUCGUCACUUCUCCUGUGAAGACUGUGAUGGAACUGUCAGUGGAGGUUUUGAUGCUGAAAUAUCGCAGAUUGUCUUGUGCCAGAAUAAUAUCCACCAGCAAGAGCACAUGAACCGAGUCGUAACCCAUGAAUUAAUCCAUUCGUUUGAUCACUGUCGUGCGCAUGUGGAUUGGUUCAACAACAUAAAACACCUUGCCUGCUCAGAGAUUCGAGCUGCUAAUCUCAGUGGUGAAUGCACGUUUGGGAACGAAUUGAGCAGAUUCAAUUUUGGCAUAAAGCAGCACCAUCAAAAAUGCGUACGUGAACGAGCCUGCCGUUCGAUAUUAGCCGUUCGCAAAGUCAGUCGAGAAACUGCGAUGAAAGCUGUUGAUGAUGUUUUUGAUAGCUGUUUUAAUGACCAUGAACCCUUUGGAAGAGUUCCACACAAUAAAAGUGAUGCAAAAUACGCCUAUAGGGAUUUUCAGAAUCGAAAUAGAUUUUACACAAAUCUUUGAAAAUGUAUCUGGUGACACAGUAGUAAUGUUUUAUUAAUUUGUAAUAAAAAUCUAUAAACACAAUUAUAAAAUCCAUUGCACUGGAAUCUAUUAUUGUUUUACAAGUAUGACAAUUUCCCUGAACAUGUUUUUUUCGAUCAACUUGUUAAGCAAAAUUCUUGUGCUUGACUGGAUGUAGACCCUUUCAGAAUUUUAAUUUUUUAAUUUUUUUUAAUUGUUUAUCUUUUCACUAAAGUAUAUUUCAGGUUGUGGUUUGUUAUGCCACGUUUGUACAUAAUGACUAUAAUUACCACAGAAUAACAUAUAUUGUAUGAAGAAUAUAAUAUUAAAAGUGGCUCAUAAGCAUUCUCAUGGUGCCAUUCCAUUCAAACCAA